AUGGCUGAAACUCGAUACCAACGUCUGAACAACUCUACCGCACGUAUGCUAUCGAAAGCUCUCGAAGAGGACCCAGCAGGAGACCUCGAGCCACUGCUGCAUAAAUUAUGCGCGACCUACCCGAAACUGCGCUGUGACAUAGCAGAACGCCACAAAAAGAAGCGCAUGAAACUCGCUACACAGGAGGAGGAACAGAAACAAAAACAGAAACAGAAAUGGAAGGCGUUUUAUCUUGAGUCUCUCCCUUUUCCGCUUCCUCCGUGCGCAAUCGUCUUUCCGCCGUCAUCCUAUGUACGGGAGUUAUUGGGCGUUGCAGAUAAAACAUCGCCAUCGUGUUUAUCUGAAGCUGUCGUCCACCAUGUGGCGCACGGAAGGACAAUCUGGGAAGGAUUGUCACGCUCGGUGGUGCAACUAGGAGACGUAGCGGUGAAAGUUGGAUCAAAUAUUGAGCACGACGAACACGAACUUCUGCGAUACUUGGAAGAGCACCUACCAGAUUUACCAGCUCCUCGGGCCCUGGGCCUUCUCACUGUCGGACGCUUAUCCUAUUUUUUCAUGUCUUAUGUCCCGGGUAAUACACUUGAACAGCGCUGGCCAUCUCUUUCCUCCCAGCAGAAGAUGGAUAUCCGCUCGUCUCUGAAUAGCAUAUUGGCGAAGCUACGAUCCGUCGAACUUUCACCUGGCGCGCCCUUUGGCUCGCUAGCCGGCCUGCGUCUGUGCAAGGACUUGCGGAUGGAUAUCACCACCAGCUCUGUUCCAAUAUACAAUGAAGCAGACUUCAAUGACUUCCUCUUGUCUCGUACGUCAUCCCGCGCAGCGCAAGGGUAUAGACGCUGGCUUCGCUCUUUGACGAAAGACGACCAUCGGAUUGUUCUCACCCACGGCGACUUCCAUCCCCGAAACAUCAUGGUCACUGACGACUCCAGCGGUAGAGCGACUGUCUCCGGUAUUAUUGAUUGGGAAGCAUGCGGUUUCUAUCCUGAAUAUUGGGAGCUACUCAAGGCAUUGAAUACUCGAGCUGUAGUUGAUACCAGCGAUUGGUGGGAUCACUUACCCAAGUGCAUCCUGGGAUAUGAGCGGGAGAUUGCGGUAGACCAUCUGGUCGAACAAGGAAGGAUAUAG